GCUCGCCGCUUCCCCUGAGCGAACCUUUAGAACUCUGAGACAGACAAUAUUCUGUUACAUUGUAGCAAAAUGGCGACUGUCAUUCACAACCCCCUGAAAGCACUCGGGGACCAGUUCUACAAGGAGGCCAUCGAGCACUGCCGAAGCUAUAACUCGAGGCUGUGCGCAGAGCGCAGCGUGCGUCUCCCUUUCCUGGACUCGCAGACCGGUGUGGCCCAGAACAACUGCUACAUCUGGAUGGAGAAGAGGCACCGUGGCCCAGGCCUCGCUCCGGGCCAGCUAUACACAUACCCUGCUCGUUGCUGGCGUAAGAAGAGACGAUUGCACCCACCUGAGGAUCCAAAGCUUCGGCUGCUGGAAAUAAAACCUGAAGUGGAGCUGCCCCUGAAAAAGGAUGGCUUCACCUCAGAAAGCACCACACUGGAAGCCUUGCUCCGUGGUGAGGGUGUUGAGAAGAAGGUGGAUGCCAGAGAAGAGGAGAGCAUUCAGGAAAUACAGAGGGUUUUGGAAAAUGAUGAAAAUGUAGAAGAAGGAAAUGAAGAAGAAGAUUUAGAAGAGGAUAUUCCCAAGCGAAAGAAUAGGACCAGAGGACGGGCCCGUGGCUCUGCAGGUGGCAGGAGGAGGCACGACGCCGCCUCUCAGGAAGACCAUGACAAACCUUACGUCUGUGACAUCUGUGGCAAGCGCUACAAGAACCGGCCAGGACUCAGCUACCACUACGCUCACACUCACCUGGCCAGUGAGGAGGGGGAUGAGGCUCAAGACCAGGAGACCCGGUCCCCGCCUAACCACAGAAAUGAGAACCACAGACCCCAGAAAGGACCGGAUGGGACAGUCAUUCCCAACAACUACUGUGACUUCUGCUUGGGGGGCUCUAACAUGAACAAGAAGAGCGGGCGGCCUGAGGAGCUGGUAUCCUGUGCGGACUGUGGACGCUCUGGUCACCCAACCUGCCUGCAGUUCACCCUGAACAUGACCGAGGCCGUCAAGACCUACAAGUGGCAGUGCAUAGAGUGCAAAUCCUGCAUCCUUUGUGGGACCUCGGAGAAUGAUGACCAGCUGCUCUUCUGCGAUGACUGUGACCGUGGCUAUCACAUGUACUGUUUAAAUCCCCCGGUGGCUGAGCCCCCAGAAGGAAGCUGGAGCUGCCACCUGUGCUGGGAACUGCUCAAAGAAAAGGCCUCAGCCUUUGGCUGCCAAGCCUAGGGCCCCAGGUUGCUGGAGAGGCUGAGGCGGAGCCCAGCUCAAACCAGAUCAAGCCCCCGCUCCCAUGUAUCCAGACAGACCAACUGUAAGGAAAACCUGUGGUCACAGAGGGCAUGGCCACGUAGAACCAAGAGGGUGAGGUGUCUGCUUACCUCCUACACACAGGUUCCGGUACUUCAGCCGUUCCCUCCUUGUUUCUACCAGAAGGAUCUUGCACUUUUGAAGAACACCCCUAGCCCCGGCCCUGUGGAACCCCCUCACAUUUACCCCAGCACUGAGGCCCUCUCACUGGCUCCCAUUUUAAGGGAAGCUUGUUUUGUGACCACCUAUCAGUCCUUCACGUGUAGUUUGGUGUUUUCUAUCUAUUGUGUUCCAAGAAAUCCUCACACAGCCUCCCGCCUCCUGCUUCGGCUCUUCAUCCUGAACUCAGCAGAGGAACAAAGGGCUGUGGAGAAGUUGUUAUUUAUUACAAGCCUCCCUGGAAACUUCUAGACUCAGAGUCGGGAGGCCAUCUUGACGAUGAAAAUCCUUUUUUUGUUCCUUGGUCUCUGUGAAGAAAAAAAGCAGUUUUCUGGACCCCCAGCAGAUACCUAGUGGUGUCUACAGCCAGGGUGGUCUCUUGAUGGGGCUGGGGGGUGGGGAGGGUAAUAGAAGUGCUGAGGAGUGGGCAGACACAUUGGGAGGAAAAUUCUGAGGCCCCGCCACAGCCCGUCAGUAUUUGUUAUCCAUCAGGAGUGGCUUUGCAAAGGAUCAGGCUUUGCAGUUCCUUAACCUUCUCAAGGGCAUCCUUGAGGUGAGACAAGCCACAGCCAACGGCAGGGGACAUGCUAAGGCUCUGCCUCCCAGCCAGCCUGGGCCUGGAGCUUUCCCUGGGACUAAAGAGCCAGGAAAGUGCGUGCGGGCUGCCCAGAAUCUAAACAUUGAUACAAAGGACUGCAGCUCUGAGCAACCUUUCAGUAUUGAUGUGGCACCACGAAUUCCUUUUCCCAAGUAAUUUCUUCCUUCCACCCAGUGUAUGUUUGCUACUAUCUCCUGAUACCCGACUCUGGAGAUUUCAGGAUGGGGAAGAGAUGAUUGUCACCUAAACAAAUAACCGGGUCGGGGGCGGGGGGGGGGGGAUGUGAUUAUUUACGAUCACGGUGGCAACGACGCAGAAUCCUCAGCUCGAGGGCUGCUCUUGUCCCCGAAGCUCCCCGGUACAUGCUGGACUCUGGCUUUUUUUUUUUUUUUUUUUUUUAAUGUUUUGAGAAGAAAGAGGUGGGAGGCUGAGCUUCCGAGAAAUCUGUGUUGGAAGUCAGCCCCGAGGGCUGGAGCGGAUCGGGCUGUCUUUGAAUCUCGGUAGCAGUGGCAACGGCAGCAGCACACAAUAACUGACACAUUUCUGGAAAAAUCAUUUGCCCAAAGGGCAGGUCUCGGUGCGUGGGACCCUCGCGCAUGCUCGGCUUCCCUGAAAUCAGCCCCAUCUCUGUGGUCCGGCUGCGUACAACAAAGGCCGAGGUUAUUUUUAGUCCUUCAGCUCCUGAAGAAGGCCCUGGAGACUUGGGCUAGCUAGUUGGGCCACUUCUGCCCGGCAGAAGUGUUCGCUCCUCGACUUGGCAAGAGCCUCCCUCCCGGGCUAAUUGCUCUUGGCCAGUGGACCCGGACAGCCUGGCAGAGUGACCUGUGGCAGGAGAUGGGGGUCACUCUCCUGCAGGGGCCCAUGGCCUCCGAGUGAGCUCUGUGUAUACAUAAUGAUCUUGUUUAAAGUGUCCUGUCCAGAUGGGAUUUGCAUCUUCCUCAUAAGAUACUUCCUUCCCCCUGCUGUUUGGCGAACCUGUUUUUGGAUGCUGGAGGUCCAGGGAGGGUUUCGAAAGCUGCUGUGUUUUCACGUCAUCUGUUACCCAGACGGGUCACACCAGAGGGGCAGAUGUCCUCUCCCGACUGCUCCGGCUCUCUGUCCUCCCACAAAAGCCAAAGUGGGGUGUCCUCAAAGGCUGACGAUUGGUUUUGAAAAUCACUUUGACUUAAUUUUAGAGAAAAAAGUUACCAGAAUGUUCCCAAAUGCCGCAGUGGCUUUCAUGUUUAAAAAGGAAGUCCGAAACCCAAAAGUGUGGCCCUGCUACUUGACAGGCCCUCUUUGGGGUAUGUGCGCACAUGUUCCCCACCUCAACACAGAUGAUGGGGUGGCCCUGUUCUACCUCCAGCCCCACCUGCUGCCCACAGAAGCUAUGAGGAGGAAUUGAAUCUUGCAAGGCCAGGUGCUAUAAUCCUGCAGUGGAGGGACCGGGGAGUGCUCAGAGCUCUAGAAAGGACAUUAGGAGGGUCCAGGGUUCCCUUCCCAGUCUCAUGCCCUCUAGGCUGGGUCCAACCUUGUCCUCUUUGGAGAUCUCAGUUUCCCCAUCUGGAAAGUGGGGAUAGCAAAGCCAGCUCGUGGGAUGGCACUUCCAGGGUACUGAAAGAAGAAAGAAUCUCCAGAGUCACAUUUAUCACUUGCUGUAUUGAAACAGAGAAAGUGGUGGUAAACUUCAAAUUGGUCUUUCUUUGAGCCCCAGAGGACGAGCUAGAAUCAUGGGAUACACGUUGAUGAUCAGGGUUUUAGUUUUGUCUUUGCUACUCAGUAGAGCUGUGUGGCCUUGGGCAAGUCACUUAACGUCUCUGAACCUGUUUGCUCACCUAUGAAAAAGAGAUAAUAAUACUUUCCCUGCCUGCUCCACAGUGACAAUGGGAGACCCAAAAGGCAUAAUGUUAUAUAGAUAACCACUGGAAAGCAGCGCUUUCCAAGGAGGGAUCCGAAAUGACUUGUAUGCCCCCUUCUCGUGUGAAUUAGCCAAGGUUAGAUGCCUUCUCAGAAUCUCCCUUUUGACCAAAAUGGGUUUAUGUUUUAGGGGCUAGGCUGCCUGUGGUCAGGGCCAGUCGGCCGAAGCUGUGACAAGGAAACCGGGACCGUGCGUGGGUCUCCUGUUGGUGGGGGUGAGGGAUUUACCCUGGGGUUGGGGAUUUCAGAGUGAAGAUACUUGAGAUACUCCUUUCUUCAAGAUCAUCGUGGCCUAGAAGGGGGCACCGACUCCGGGAGAGGGCCGUAAUUCAGUUCCGUGUGGCAUUCGCUUAAAAACUGGUUUAAAGCCCAGCUCUGCUACUUUCUAGCUGGUUGACCUUGGGCAAGUGACUUUGCCCUUCUGAGGUUCAUUUUCCACAUCUGGGAGGUAGGGAGAUGUGGCCUAUCCAGUACGGCUGUUGCAGGGAUUAGCAGUUUUGCUGGCGAAGAUCCUGGCUCGGGGCCUGGCACGAUGGAGGCCCCCACCCUGUGGCAUCUCGUCACUGGGUAUACAGGCCACCAAGGGGAGAUAAUGAUGCUCUUGGCUGCCGGCCAGAUCCCUGGAACAGCCCGAGUGCCUUUGCUCCACUUCACCCUGAUACCGUGGCUCUAGCUGACCAGAGGGGAGGUGAGGCUACACGAUCCAAGCCGGAAGUUGAAACCCUAUGUUUCUGAAACACUGCUUAUUGGGCCUGCAGCAAAUCCAGCGCGGGCAACGGCGAUGAGGAAAUCCAGACAAGGCCUCUGUUAGGAGAUUUACAUCCUGAUUUCCUUCUCACCCCCCCCCCCCCCCCACGGACUCAGAGCACCUGGAGCAGGAUCCCAAGGCCUUCUGUCAUUGCUCCAGGGCCAGGUGGGAAGUCCAGGCAGGCGGGGUGAGGAGCGGUGGCUUCCCAGGGGGGCCAGCUCAGAUGUGUGGCUGGAAGUACGGUGUGUGAGCCGUGGGUGAGAAGGAGGGAGGCCAGAUUCCUCCCGAGCUGGAGAAGAUAACAGGUUUUAAGGUUGGGGGAGGGUUUGGAUUUCACAGUGAUGGUUUCAUGAUACCCUGGAGAGUUACACUCAUGGUGCAUUUUAGGCGUUGUGCUUUGAACACAGCACGAGAUUCCUUUCGGCCCUCCCCUUUAAAAGUUCAGAUAUUUUAAGAAAGAAAAAUGGGAUGAUUAUUAUUACUCUUCCUAUUGGGGGCAAGUUUAGGAGACAGACCUGUGCUCUUGAAGAAAGACUGCCGGCAACUUCAGGCUUUAGACUCAGAGAAGAGGGGCCCCUGGUUUGCUCUCUGAGUCUGUGUUUGUUGGGGGGUGCAGGGAGCCCCAGGGACCACCUUUCCUGUCCCUGGGCCGGUUCUCAGCCUGUUACCAAUGGGAGGACCCAGGCCCUCCCCUGCUGCCCACCACAGGCCCCUCCCUCCCCAGGAUGUGCCUAUGUCACACCCCAAGGAAAUGGUGGCUCCCUGGGCCAGAGUCAUGCUCACACUCCCAGGGAAGAUGCCCAAUGUGCCACACCGGGCUCCUUAUCGCAGCUGUGCAUUGGCGUCUCCUGUGGUGGUUCGUAUCCCUGUAGUGGUGUCACCUGUAGAGAGGGAGGGGGGAAGGGGGCCUAGAGGAAGGAGGUGGGGAGGGUCAAAGGUCUUUCAGGUUCGGCAAAGCACAAUGAAGGCAGGGGAGGGUCCUUGAGGAGGGGACCAGAAACCUGAUUUCCACUUAGAAGUCCCGGAGCUAAAUGGCUAGAGGGUGUGGGCCGGGGAGGCCGGAGUGCUUCCACCAGCUCAGGUGCCUUGAAUGUGGGAGGACGAAUGGAGCCCUUAGACACACGGACCGGGGGGGCUUCCUCUGAGCAUCUCAGCAGCUGCUCCUGGGAAGGCCUGGCCCCCUCUCCAUGCUCCUAGCCCAGGCUGCUGUGAAGAGACGCCCCAAAGGAAGCACCUCAGGAAGCAGGGAUGGGGAGGGGUCUGGGCCUUGCCUGGGCCUCAUCCAGCUGGUCUCCCGGAAUGAACAGGGGGCUCCCCGUGGGAGAGAAAAGAUCUGGAAGUCGGUGGGUUCCCAGGGAAGGCUCUGAGCGAGCCCUGGCUGUGUGUCCCCGCAGACAGCUGAGACCUGAGGUGACUCCCCAGGGUCCUGGGUGGCUGUGCUGCGGUGGGGGCAACAGGAGUCAGAGGGUACAGGAAUGCCCCUCGGUCAGUCUCUGUGUUCCCAGCUGCCUCCCUUUCUUUGCUCCGGUGCCUUGAAAGAGGGUCACUCCAGGGUUUCCCCCUCUUUGGCCCCACCAAGAGAAGGAAACAUUUGUGCUGAUGGUGACAUUUCCCAGGGCAGGCCAGAGGAAGGCAGGAACCGGGACUGGCUGGCAGCCAGAACCCUCUUCGGCAGAGAUAUAAAUACUAAUAAUGACCUCUAGCCCAGGCAGCGAGCAAAGUGGCCGUUCAGGACGGCACCGACCCAGUCUGGCACAUAAACACUGCUGCGGUGGGAAGAGGAGAGUGGGUGAACGGUCCCUGUAGGACAUGGGGGAGGCCCUUGAGCCCCUCUAUUUUCCCUCAGCAACAUCCCCACGUUAUGUUUAUGCCACUGCGUCCUGUCUGGCUGCCUCUCUGCAUCUCUAUUAUUUCUAUCAGUGUUAUUAAUAUUGAUGAUGAAAACAGGGACACACAAAAAACACACACCCUCCCUUAACAAACUAAAAGUGAACCUAUGUGUGGCUCCAGGACAAGAGGGAGAGCCUGUUUGUCCAAGGAGUGGGGGAGGGGGCGCUCUUUCCCUGAGGUCCAGCCAGGCCCACCCCUGCUUCCGGCCCCUGCACAGCGCAGGGGGUGAGUCUUGUUCUUGGAGGGUCACUGGCCCAUGGACUCUCUUCCCUCUUCCCUCACUCACCUCUGCUUCUCUGGGGGACACGUUUGGCAAUGGUUGUGGACUCCAUUCUGCUUUCUGUCAAAGGGAUGCACAGAUUUUAUGGGCUGGAGUUGGGAUUGUGGUUCUUAUUGACUUUGCCCUUCCAUGUUUACUCCCCCCACCCCACCGCACCCCAGACCUUGGUUCUCCUCUUGCAGGGCCUGCCUCCUCCCUUCCUGCCCUUGCCCCUCCCUGCCCUCCUGCCAAGCUAGAUGCUGAAGGGUGGGAUGGUGGCAGGAAGAAGAAGAAAAUAUACCCCCUGCACAUUUUCAACAUGUAGUUGAAAAGGCCUAAAUUAGGUACUGGGCGGGGGGGGGGGGGGGAAGGAAAGACACAUUGCGAGAUAAUAUGUGAGUGAGAGCAUGAAAAUACAGCACGGUUAUCUCGGAGCGGAGGUGGCGGCAGGGCAGGUGGCGGGAGAGGCGGGGUAGGGAGGCAGAGAGCCCUGGCUUCCCGACGCAUCUGGUCCAUCAGUGUGCCAUUUGGGAAAGCAGGGAAGUCGCGCCGUGGCAGCAAAUGGUCAGAUGCCCAGGGAGCCUUUGUGCCUCUGGCUGGGAAGAGGAGGGAUGUCCAUUCUGGCUGCUUGUCGUUUAUCUGCCGCGUUUGCCCAGGGGGCAUUCGUGCUCGGAUGGAAGAUGUGCACAUUUCUUGCCCACUGUGAGGGAUUGCCAGGCAGGCUGGUACGGGCUGAGACACUUGGCAGGGCACCCGUUCUGUGCAGGGCGGCCCACAAAGCCCUAGAGCGGCUGGGAAAAAACGAACCACAUCCUGGCCCAGGCUUCGACCUGCUUUUCAGCUCUAAAAUCACACUCGGUCUCAGCCCUCUGACCACACGCCAGGUAGCGUACCAUCAGGGAAGGUGUGUGCGUCUCUAGGUCUCUUUCCUUGUGUUCAUGCAUAUUCAUCCACAGAAGAGGAGCAGGCUAAGUAUUCAGUUGUUCCCACCUUCUGGGAGUUUGGGCGAGGUGGGGCGGGGGAGGGGAAGAACACGGUCGACCUCAGCCUAGUUGCCAGUGUCCGUCUGCCCAAGCACUGGCUGCUGCCCUUGGAAGGUGACCCUGAGCCUCCGUGAUGACGAAGGCACCUGGGUUGGCGUGUGCCGAGCGGCCAGAGGACCGGAGGCCGUGCCUCCAAAUCCUGCCUUGGCCUCCUGGGGUGGCGGGCAGGGAGGUGCAAUUGGCAGGGCCUGAUGAGAGCUGGACAGUGACACUCACAACAGCCUUGCCCAGUCCCCACUGGAAAGAGCAGGGGGGCAUGGUGGGAGGAGGGCCUCACGCUCAGACCGGGUGGACGCCCACGGAGACCCCCGCCAGCCUGUCUCGGCCUCCUGCGCGGUUCUAGCAUGGCGGCGGGAGGCAGGCGUCGGGGAGAGGCCCGGCGCUGGAGGCGUUUCCAGGAAACCCCCUCUGCCCACCUUUGGCCAGGUGCUCAUCGGCUCCUGACUUCGUGCUUCACUGGACUCCCUGUUGUCUGAAUUGACAGCAUCAGGAAUACACCAUUUGUUCCAUCCCCCCCUUUCCUCUGCACAUGUGACAGCCGGAUUUCAGCUGCUCACCGUUAUUCCCCGAAGCAGCCACACUGAGCUCGCUUUCAAGCUGGAUGCCCGGGCUUGGGCGAAGUCACGUCAUCUGCCCUCGCGUGGGCCUUAGCGCAGAGCUGGCCUAACGCAGCCUUCGGCCUCUCCGCUGGAGACGCCCUGAGAAGGCUCUUUGGGGUCCCUGGCCAGCACACGGCUGUGAGCGGGCAGAAUUUGGGGACCUCUGGCUUCCGUGAUGCCUGGCUGUGAGACUGGUUUUGAAGCGUUUGAGAACCUGAAAUGCUCUCUGGGGUCUGACCCACCGCCCACGUGAAAGCCGGUGGUUCUUUUGAACCAAGCCUCCUUUGAAUGACCCGGAUUCCCCCCGGUCUCCCGUGCUGGUGGCAGCAGAGUGGGGUGGGUCCUCUGACUUGGAUCCGAUCCGGGCCAGACUGGCCGCACCGCACCCAGGCAGAGGCCUCAGACUCUGAGCCCACUGGCCCCCUCAGCUGCAUGCGGGAUGGACCCGGGAGUGGGAGAGCUCUGCUGGCCCCGCGGGCUGAGCUCGGAGAGGGUCUUCCCUCCCACCUCCACGCGAGCAGACUCUCAGGCUGCGAACACAGUCUGCUCACACGCCCUCCCAGCCGGAUGUGGACACCCUGGGCCAAUCAGGAAAUGGACACCUGAAGGAGAGACUGGGCAGUCCGCGUCACACGGUGCAAUGGUGCAAGAGCCCGUCCUCAAGUAGGUCUGCCCCCCACCCCCACGACGUGUUUGGGCUGAGGGCGAUCUUAAAGCCCGGUUUUGCGAACAUUCCCUUUUGAGAGCCAAGAGAUGGAGCAUCUGUGCCCAGAAGCCAAGAGAAAUGGCUUUUCCUCUUCCAGUUGCCUGAUGCCCCACCGUGUUCCUCGCCAGGAGGAGGCUGGUUCUGGUGGCUGGGGUGGGGGCUGCCCCCGCAUAUGAACCCCUCGAGUUCCGAGUGGGCUGGGGUAGAAAGGGUGAAGGGGUCCCUUAGGAGGAGGUGCCUGCCCGAGUGCUGUGUGAGGAAGCUCAUGCCUGUGCGGGUUCUGGGAAGGGCGUGGAAGCCCUCUGGUUGACUCAGAGUUGGAGAAGUCUGGGAAGGGGGUCAGUUUAAGUCCUUACUGCGCUGUCUCAGCUGGUGAGUAGACCCCGGGUGCCUCGCAGCCUCAGGAAUUUAUUGCCCCCAGGCUGCUUUGGCUGUAUUUGCAAAGGGUACCCCUGGAAAUGCGCCGGCGAUCUCCUAUUGCUGUGUCUCCAUGUACGUCUCUGGACGUGAAGACGUGAUGCAAACCUGAGGUCACCUUCUCCCAGGUGGGGGCACAAGAGAGGGAAGCCCCUUUCCACGGUGCACCCCCAUCAUUCCAAAGUGCUUUCUUGUCUCCUGUACUCUCGCACUGCUCCCCACCUCGGCUCUUUCUGAAACUCGUAGCCAUCAAAGAACGGCCGAGAGAGCUGGCCUUGGUGAGCUCUAAUGAGAUGCCUGCUAAUGAGGGUCUUCCUUUUAUGCUCCCUUGGACUCCCUCCCCCCGUCCCCCCACCCCCGGACCUAAGGUUCCAGCAUCACAUUACCUUCCGCUGACUGGACAACUGAGGGGCUUUUCCUUGAGCUGCUUGGGUGCUUCGGAAAGUGUCCAGGACUGAGGCUGGCACAGUUUCCGUGAGGUUAGAGAGAAGGGCUACCGGCUUAGGAAGUCGGAUGUAAUGGUCUGAGCGAGAGAUCCCCACUGGCUCCUCUGAAAAGCAACCGCGGCAACAGACACAUGAAAUCUCCCACGCCCACCCCCUGACCCUUUCGGGUGUGACGUGAUGUAGUGUCAGUGUGUAGGGGUGUGUGUGCCACUCUUCCCCUGUCUUCUGGGGUGCUCCUUUCCCCUGAGUGUCAAGUCCCCCCCUCUACCGUGGCUCCCGAAGUGAAGAGUGCUGUGGUGUUUCUGCCCUCUCUUAGGGAUGUAUCGGGAUCCCUCGUGUCUCGGUAUUGGAGGUGAGGCCGUGCCACGCCUCCCACUGUCCUCAGGGGACGCGCAGGCUCUGUGACUUCCCAGACAGCUGGUGUAUGUGACAGUCUCCAGGAGGAUCUCCAGGUUGCAAACAGCCCACAUCCCGAUUUAGGCUCGCAGGAGGCAGAGGGGACUGCUUUGCUCAGGAAGGCUGCCUGGAGGGGCUCUCAGUGAACCAGGGCCCCUCCGUCUCUCCCUGCCUUUGCUUCUGUCCUGACCAGGUUCUGGGAGGAGGGCCUUGGAGAGGUCACCACCCAGAGCCAGCAUAACGUGGGCAUCAAGCAGUCUUGGGGACCCUGGACGUCCCAGUCCCUCUGCAGAGCCCUUGCACGUUCACAAAGACUGAGUCACAGGCCCCGUCCCUUCUUUGCUGUGGUUAGUAUCUUGUUCUGUGGUUGGUUAGCAGUGUUGAUGACCUAUGUAGCGAAUCUUUUUUGUCUGCAAUUUAGAGAAUGUGUAAACAAAUAAAAGGCUUUGAAACUCUU